GUUAGAUAAUUCUAAAUUUUAGAGCUUUUAGCUAAAUACUCAAAUUGAUUAAAAGUAUGAUUUAUAUACCUAUAAUUUUACAAUCGAUAUGCUAAGUUAAUUAGAAAAGCCUUUGAUACCCCAACCCUAAUAGUUUAAAUUAGACAUUGAUUCAGAAUAAGCUCAUUGCAUACACAUAGAUAUAAAUAUAUUAUUAUUCUCAGACAACUAGAUUGAUCAAAUAGGUCAUAUGAAUUAAUAUAUACUCCAAAAAUAAUAACUAUUCCAAUUCUGUAAGAUAGAAAAAUUCUCUAUGAAUGUUCAGAUUUUAGUACAUUUAAACAAAGUAACACAAAAAUUUGUUGUUGAAUAACAAAAAAAAAUGUAUAAUCCAUAAAAGUGAUAGAUGUAUCUCAUUAGUUAAAAUCAAUAAGGAUGAAGGAAAAGAAAAUUAUUAAUAAACUAUUUUAAUAGAG